AUGGCCAAGGGCGGGAAAGGCACCAAGGGCAAGAAGAUUACCCUUAAUGUGGCCAAGAAUUGUGUCAAAAUUACAUUUGAUGGGAAAAAACGACUUGACUUGAGCAAGAUGGGAAUUACCACCUUCCCCAAGUGUAUCCUGAGACUGAAUGAUGUGGAUGAGCUCGACCUUAGCCGGAAUAUGAUCAGAAAGAUCCCUGACUCAAUCUCCAAGUUCCAGAACCUGCGGUGGCUGGACCUGCACAGCAACUACAUCGACAAGCUCCCUGAGUCCAUCGGCCAGAUGGCUUCUCUGCUCUACCUCAAUGUCAGCAACAACAGGCUGACCACCAAUGGGCUGCCUGUAGAACUCAAUCAGCUCAAGAAUAUCCGCACUGUGAACUUGGGUUUGAACCAUCUGGAGAGUGUGCCCACCACGCUGGGUGCUCUGAAGGAGCUCCAUGAGGUGGGCCUACAUGACAACAUGCUGAGCACCAUCCCCAAAAGUAUCUCCAAACUCCCCAAGCUCAAAAAGCUCAACACAAAGCGAAAUCCCUUUCCCAAGACAGAGGAGUCAGAUACAUUCAUAGAUUCCAUCAGGAGGCUGGAAAGCUUGCAUCUGGUGGAGGAGAAGGAUCUGUGUACGACUUGCCUGAGAAAAUGCCAACAGGCCCGGGACAAGCUGAACAAAAUCAAGACUAUGGCCGCAGCAACACCAAGAAGGGCCAUCUUUUCUAACCUGGUCUCACCCAACUCCAUGGCCAAGGAUUCACAGGAAGAUUGGAGGAUCCGAUCAACAUCUCCCUAGAAUAGCUUUAUGGCAAACCCUUGAAGACUAAUCAGCC